GCCGAACCAAAAGAGCGCGCAACCGUGGAUGCCACCUCAGCAGCAACAGGGCCCAUGGCAGACUGGCGCAGCAUGGACAGGGCAAUCACUACCCGCGCCCCAGUCCCAGCACCGACUCUAAUGCCGGCUCAAAUAUCGGUGGUUCAACAACCUCCGAUUACUCAGCAUGGGAAUCCAGGUUUCCAAAACCAUGGCGGGCAUAUGGGGAGCACGUCAUCUGGCGGUGGAGGGAAAGGUCCAACUGCGAACAAUUUCCCUGGCCCAGGUAACCGGGCAUAUUUCACCAAGGAGUACAUGGAGAUCCUCAAAGGCAUUAAGUCCAACAAAGCAAUUGAAGAAGCCAAGAAGAAGAUUGGAGCUUCGAAGUAUGAAGGCGCUAGGCGCAGUACCAGUGGGAGCCGCGUCGUAGAACUUCCGGAUGAAGGGAGUCAAGCCGAUAUCCGGUCGCAUGAGAAGAACGGCUCCGGCGAUGACAUGAAAGUCUGGGUGACGACGACACUGAGCGAUUCCCUUAAGCUCAUCAACGGGAAGCUGGAUGGCGUUGAUAAGAAGUCGAAGUUGGAUGCUGCUGAACGGGACGAGCUUGAACGUCUUCAUAGAGAAGUGCAAGGCGGGCAGGCGAAUAAAGAGCGCUCUAGCAACGAGAAGCGGAAGCGAUGCGUUGCUCGCACCCCUGUAGAAAAUUCUUCUUCUGCCGCAGGUGUGAAUCCGAGAUCAAGAGGGAGUUCAAAUACUAAACCGAAGCGCAUCGAGCAGUCGGAUGAUAAGGGACCCUCUGGUGCGAAGCAGAAUCUUCAACCUAAGAUGGAAAGCAUGAGCAGUGAACUAUCCGAUAUUAAGCGGAUGUUGGCUGCUCUCAUGAGUGGCCUGCCAGACCCAAAAGGGAAAGCAAAGGUAGUUGAACCAGGGAGUGCUAAAGAAGGAAGGAAAGGCAAGGCGGUUGGGCAAGAGCGUCGAGGACCCGCAGUUGCUGACAACCCGGAGGAAGACGUGGACAUAGUACAGAAAGCCCAAGUGGACGGAGAAGAAGAUCCUGAUGAGGAUGGUUUUGCGGCAUACAUGAAGAUCCAAGCUGAGUACUACAGCUCGCUACACUACACACGCGUCCAAGACAUGUGCAAGGAACGUGACGUGGAAUACUUCAAGAAGGACGUUGCAGUUUGGGAACUCGCUCGGCAAGACCUAGAGGAAUACGCCGACUCUCUGAAAGGAGACCAAGGAACUGGUGAACGUGGCAGAUCUCGCAGGAAGGAGGCCCCUGUGGACAAGAACCAUGAUGAUUCUGAAGGCGACUGUGAUGCAGUCAAGGGAAACUAAGUCUGGGUAGCAUUAGAUCGAUUAGACGAGUAGUUACUCGAAUAAUCGAUACAAAACGUGAGGAUGAUGAUCCUAUACUUCGGAACUU